GUUUGAAAAGUUCCUCAGUAAUCUCCUGGGCUUGGAAUGAGAAAAAACAUGGUGCCCGGGUGGAUGAGGGGGUUAGGUGCAAUCUGGGCCAGUGUCAGUCCCCAGAUGUCUGCAGCUUCCUGUGGCUUUGGCCCCGUCUGUUCCCUCGUCCCUCAGCUCCACUACUGUCUACUGUCGACGUCACUCUCUCUUUCUCUUUGUCUCUCUCUUUUUCUCUCAUGUUAAUCUGCUUUGUGAAUGACAAGCCGUCAAUAAAGCGUGAUUCAUCCUGAUCUGAGUGUCAUUCCACCGGAGGUCCGGAGCGAAGGCACAGGACAACGACCCGCCAUUCCAAGGACUGGGUUUACUCGUUUGACUUUGUAGGGACAUUAUCGAUUUAGAUGUUUGCCCAGCGGUUGAGCUCAAGCUCCCCACGAGUCCGGUUAAAUUGGAUCCACAGUUUUGCCAUCAAACAGAAAUAUGAAAGGAUGUGUGUUUCACGGCUACUUGAAGGCUGUACGAAAGUCUCACAAGGCUUGUGGUUCCACCCCAACAUCACCGGCAUCGAGGCAGAGCAGCUCCUGUUGACGCGGGGGGUCCACGGCAGUUUCCUAGCCCGGCCAAGCAAGAGCAACCCGGGGGAUUUUACUCUCUCUGUCAGGCGGAAUGAUGAGGUCACCCAUAUUAAGAUCCAGAACUCGGGGGACUACUACGACCUGUAUGGAGGGGAGAAGUUUGCCACGCUGGCAGAGCUGGUGCAGUACUACACAGAGCAGCACGACCUCCUCAGAGAGAGGAAUGGAGACAUCAUCGAGCUCAAGUACCCACUCAACUGCAAAGACCCCACCUCCGAGAGGUGGUACCACGGGCACCUCUCUGGCCGCGAUGCUGAGAAGCUGCUUACGGACAAGGGCAAGCCUGGCAGUUUCCUGGUGCGUGAGAGCCAGAGCAAACCGGGCGACUUCGUGCUCUCUGUCCUCACCAACGAGGAGAAGCAUGAGAACGUGGACCGCAAGACCAAGGUUACCCACGUCAUGAUCCGAUACCAGCAGGAUGGGAAGUAUGACGUGGGUGGAGGAGAGAGGUUUGACACGCUAGCUGACCUGGUGGAUCACUACAAGAAGAACCCCAUGGUGGAGAAGAGUGGAAUCGUUGUUCACCUCAAACAGCCCUUCAAUGCCACCAGAAUAAAUGCUGCCAACAUUGAGAACAGGGUAAAGGAGCUCAACAAAGUGGCGGACAACUCAGAGAAGCCCAAACAAGGGUUCUGGGAAGAGUUUGAGGUGCUACAGCAGCAGGAGUGUAAGCUCCUCUACCCCAGGAAAGAAGGACAGACAGCGGAAAACAAGAGUAAAAACAGAUACAAGAACAUCCUCCCUUUCGACACCACGCGGGUGGAGAUCAGGGAAGCAGACACCGAUGUGCCUGGCUCAGACUACAUCAAUGCCAACUACAUCAGAAGUAUGCACGAAGAGGGCUGUCACGUGGAGGAGGGCAAGGUGUUCAUCGCCACCCAGGGCUGCCUUCAGAACACUGUGGUGGACUUCUGGAAGAUGGUCUACCAGGAGAACACGCACGUCAUUGUCAUGACCACCAAGGAGAUGGAGAGAAGACGGAACAAAUGUGUGCGCUACUGGCCUGACCUCAAUGUCACUAAGGAGUUUGGGAAAGUGAGUGUGAAGAACGUGGAGGAGCGUCCGGCUCAGGACUACAUCCUGAGGGAACUGGAGGUGACGCGUUUGGACAGGAGGGAGCCGAUGAGGUAUAUCUGGCACUACCAGUACCUGAGCUGGCCUGACCACGGUGUGCCCAACGAGCCCGGGGGCGUGCUCAGCUUCCUGGAGCAGGUCAACCGCAAGCAGAGCGCCAUUCGAGACACCGGGCCCAUUGUGGUCCACUGCAGUGCAGGAAUCGGGAGAACAGGCACCAUCAUUGUCAUUGACAUUCUCAUUGACACCAUCAACAGACAAGGAUUAGACUGUGACAUCGACAUCCCUAAGACCAUCCAGAGGGUUCGUCAGCAGCGGUCAGGCAUGGUGCAGACGGAGGCCCAGUAUAAGUUCAUCUACAUGGCUGUCCAGCAGUACAUUGACACGGCACAGAAGAGACUGGAGGAGGAGCAGAGGAAUAAGACAAAGGAGAGGGAGUACUCCAAUAUCAAAUACCCCCAGAUGACUAGCGCCCAGUCAAAACUGACCUGUGUGUCACGCUCCUCCUCUGUGGUGACCAAUGACGACCCAUCUGCCGUGUAUGAGAACCUGAACAUCAAGAACCCAAGUACCUCUGGGAGCAGCAGUAACACCAGGAAGUAAAGUUCACCCACGGACCUCUGCCUCUCUCAACCUCUCUUUUCAGCAGAGGUGCCGCUUUGCCAGCACCUGAACCAUGGGGGGCCUGUGGAGCUCUGACCCCCUGGCGGUGGACCCUACCUGGGGUGAAGGUGGUGGUGCUGACCCCUCCUAGUUCCCCCCCCCCCUCCUUCUGCUGCCCUUCUGGCUGUCUGGAGCCUACCUCUCCAAGGAGAGAGGGGUACAGCACAGUGCUCUUGUCCUUCUAUCUCCACCCCCUCUCUCUCUAUGACCUCUGUAUGACUUCAAGUCUCUACAGCCUCUCCUGUCUACUGACAAAGUGCCUCGUCUACAGACAUGUCUGUAACCCCCCUAUUUCCUCCCACAGUUGUUCCAUCUCAUCAUCCAACCCAACAAAUGUCCUUUGCUUAUUUCUGUAGACUCUUGAACUAAAUCGACACAAGAAACAAACAAUGGUGUAUUCAAUGUUCAAGUGAUGUUUUGCUCCAUCAUGUUCAACCAUGAAUGGGGUGGACGGGACAAGAAAGGGUGAAGCUAAGCCAUUUCUCUUCGCACUGUUGGAAUCCGCUCCUCUCUCUCUCAAUCACAUUUACAUUUUAGCAGACGCUCUUAUCCAGAGCGACUUACAGUUA